GAGUGGGGAGCCAGUGUGUCGGGGGGCCGCGCCGGCUAUUGCCACGGAGUGCGGACUCUGCUCCACACACCUAUCUUCAACCCCACAUUGGUGUCACCUACACUGCUGUGGAUGGCGUGAAACAAUCCUUUAAUGACUCCAUCUGUGUCACCAUGCCCCGGGACUCCUUCUUCUUCAAUGUGAUGGAUGUCGCCCAGAAGAGAGACCCCAAAAGAUUCAGCUUCAUGUACACAUUGAGUGUGUGGGGCGCGUACAUCACCUCCGUGCAGGGGCUGGAGGCCCAUCCCGAAGACAGCACCUACUGGCAGCUCCUGAACUAUGGCAUCCCAUUGACACUAGGUGCUGCGUGCUACGCCGUCUCCCAUGGGGAGAGGCUGGAGGUCAGGUUCUCCAAGUACAAGCUCCAGGGCACUGGCCAGCCUGAGGACAAGGGGUGCUCAUGAAGGUGAAACUUGUCCUGGCCUUUCUACUGUGAGGGAUGCCAGG